UCUUAUGUAACCGAGUAGGGCAGAGCGGGGCUGCAGGACGCAACAGAAAGGCGCGCCCAGCUCCCGGAGCAGGUCUCUGCCCCCGCGCGGGGCCCGGGCCGCGGCCGGAGGGAGCGGCCGGAUGGAGCGGAGGAUGAAAGGCGGAUACUUGGACCAGCAAGUGCCCUACACCUUCUGCAGCAAAUCGCCCGGAAAUGGGAGCCUGCGCGAAGCGCUGAUGGUCCCGCAGGGGAAGCUCAUGGACCCCAGCUCCCUGCCGCCCCCCGACUCCGAAGAUCUCUUCCAGGAUCUAAGUCACUUCCAGGAGACGUGGCUGUCUGAAGCUCAGGUACCAGACAGUGAUGAGCAGUUUGUUCCUGACUUCCAUUCAGAAAACUUAGCUUUCCACAGCCCCACCACCAGGAUCAAGAAGGAGCCCCAGAGUCCCCGCACAGACCCAGCCCUGUCCUGCAGCCGGAAGCUGCCACUUUCCUACCACCAUGGCGAGCAGUGCCUUUACUCCAGUGCCUAUGAUCCCUCCAGACAAAUCGCCAUCAAGUCCCCCGCGCCCGGUGCCCCUGGACAGUCGUCCCUGCAGCCUUUUCCCCGGGCAGAACAACAGAGUUUCCUAAGGGCCUCUGGCAGCUCCCAGCCCCACCCUGCUGGCCAUGGGUACCUCGGGGAGCAUAGCUCCAUCUUCCAGCAGCCCUUGGACAUUUGCCACUCCUUCACGUCCUCUCAGGGAGGGGGCCGGGAGCCCCUCCCAGCCCCCUACCAACACCAGCUGUCAGAGCCCUGCCUGCCCUACCCCCAGCAGAACUUCAAGCAGGAAUACCACGACCCCCUGUAUGAGCAGGCGUGUCAGCCGGCAGUGGGCCUGGGUGGGGUCAAUGGGCACAGGUACCCAGGGGCGGGGGUGGUGAUCAAACAGGAGCAGACGGACUUCGCCUAUGACUCAGAUGUCCCUGGGUGUGCAUCAAUGUACCUUCACACAGAGGGCUUCUCUGGGCCCUCCCCAGGUGAUGGAGCCAUGGGGUAUGGCUAUGAGAAACCUCUGCGACCUUUCCCAGAUGAUGUCUGCGUCGUCCCUGAGAAAUUUGAAGGAGACAUCAAGCAGGAAGGGAUUGGUGCAUUCCGAGAGGGGCCACCCUACCAGCGCCGGGGCGCCUUGCAGCUGUGGCAGUUUCUGGUGGCCUUGCUGGAUGACCCAACAAAUGCCCACUUCAUUGCCUGGACCGGCCGGGGAAUGGAGUUCAAACUAAUUGAACCUGAAGAGGUUGCUAGACUCUGGGGCAUCCAGAAGAACCGGCCAGCCAUGAAUUAUGACAAGCUGAGCCGCUCACUCCGAUAUUAUUAUGAGAAAGGCAUCAUGCAAAAGGUGGCCGGUGAGCGUUACGUGUACAAGUUUGUGUGCGAGCCCGAGGCCCUCUUCUCUCUGGCCUUCCCGGACAAUCAGCGUCCAGCUCUCAAGGCUGAGUUUGACCGGCCGGUCAGUGAGGAGGACACAGUCCCGUUGUCUCACUUGGAUGAGAGUCCUGCCUACCUCCCUGAGCUGACUGGCCCUGCCCAGCCCUUUGGCCCCAAGGGUGGCUACUCUUACUAGCCCCAGCAGCUGCCCUGCUGCUACCACUGGGUGCUGCCCUGUGUACAUAGAGAUGAAUUUGGUAUUGGGGAACCCCCCACUCAAACGCUCAGCUGUCUCUGGGGCAGAUCCCCACUGUCCCAUCGGCUGCGCUGGCCCAGACUCUGAGCUGCUUACCAGAGUCAUGGGAGGGAAGAGUGUGGAGAAAGGCUCUGUCCAAAGGAAAGUCUUGAAAACUCCCCUGGGGGAUUUGCCUCUGCCCGGGGGAGUCAGCCAGCCUCCUGUGCAUCCUCCUUAGGGGCUCAAGCUCCACUCCCUUUCCUCCUCCACAGAGAACAAGAGCUUAUUCUAUCUGAUUUGGGGGGCAGACGAGCCUCCCAAGUUUAUCCUGGCUGGGGCACGAUGCAUUGAACUCCCCAGAUCUCCUACAUGGGGAGACCCUUGGACCCUACCUACAAUCCACCCCAAGCUGUGGCCCUGGAGGGUCCCAGUUGUCAGUUCUUGGUGCUGUGUCCCCAGAAGCAGGGGAGGCUGGAGAAAGGAACCUGGGGUGGUUGGUGGAAGGCUGGGUGGAGGCAGACAGUGUGGGCCAAGGGGCCCUCUGCCUUCUAGGCCCAGGCCUGGAAUUCCACCUCCACUGCGUCUGCCAUACCUAAUAAAGGCCCCUGCUUCUCC